AUGUUUUCCUCCUCUUCUUCGCUAUCGCUUUCUCCCUUGGCCAAAAGAGAUAUUUCAAGUCCGUUCCAGGCCGCACCACCACCAGAGAGGGAAGAAGAAACAGAGGUGGAGUUGCGCCAGGCUGACGAUGUGCGACGCUGGCAGGAGACGUAUGGCGACUACGGUACCUCGUUUUACUAUGCCUACACCAGCAGAGAACCAUGCACCAACUUGCUGGAGUUUAAGGUCCUGGCCAUCAAUGCCGGCCAGGACUUUGAGGAGCGAGAAAAAGUGGCAUCGCGAUCCAACGACCCAGAUAUACAGGUUGAUGCUCUUCUAACAACCUACGCCCCAACCACAACAACAGCACCAGCACCAGUAGGCCGCCCCGCCCGCACCAGACAGCCAAGAUGA